AUGGUUUCAGCUUGUGAGGUUAAGAUAGAGGUACAAGAUCUCAGGGCUUCCAACAUCUUCACAAAUCUUGAUACCAUAAGAGGAAAAGUUUAUGUAAAUGUGAGAUCUGAAAUUUCAUUAAGUUGCAUACAGAUUAAACUUGAAGGUGUAUCUCAAUCAAUCAUCAGAAAGAAAGAAUGGGUCAAGAAGAAGGAAAAAACAGUGACAAAAGUUGAGAAUCAUACUUUGUUAUAUGAAGCUAAAACCAUUUUCCCACCGAAGAAUAUACGAAAAGUCAGUUCAGCUAAAGAUUUCACAUUGACACCUGGUGAAUAUGAAUAUGAUUUUGAGUUCAAGCUUCCCUAUAAUUCUACUUGCGAAACUAAUAUUGCACCAAAGAAUGGCAUUACAAAUAAAUUUCAAAUUGUGAGGACCAAUUUAGAGUAUGUUAACAAAGCUGAUCUUCACGUCCAGGGUAUGCUGCCUCCAUCCUUGACAGACCUUGGUGAUUUGGCACAGAUCAAUUAUUUUCUAAAAGUUACCGUCAAGAGAGCUUCACUUAUCAAACCAAACAUAAGAAAGAUAUCACCAUUCAGGUUUGUCCCCUUUGAUUCAGUUGACCACAUUAACAGAUCAAACCGUGAGUUGAAUUUUCUUCGAAGGGAAUAUGUAUUUAAAGAUAAAAUUCCAGAGAUAAUUGCAUUGUUCAAUAAGCCUGCUGGAAUAAACUCUCCUGUUCCAAAACAAAGUCCCCCAUCUCCACAAAGAAGGUCGUCUAGUUUCUUGAAAACACUAUUUUUUGGAAGCUGGGACGAUGUCAGUCAACAACAACAGCCACAACCUCCACCAACGCCUCCGAAAGAUGAACCACCAACUAUAACGUCUUACGAUGUUCCAUUUUAUUUCGAGGCUAGAUUUCAUGGAUUGUUUCAAACAGUUGGGAAACCUCCAAGUUAUAGAUUAUAUGUUUUAUCAAAAGCCAAUCCAAAGAAAUAUCUGGGAAUAGAUGGUGAAAGCUCUGGACUUGGGGCUAUUUAUUUGAAAUCGCUAAAGAUUGACCUCUUCAUAAUAUCAAAUAUUGUAUCACAAGAGUUUAAAAAGCAAGAUAUGAAAUUGAUAACAUUGUGUCAAGUUUCUGUUAGUGGGAAGUUAGAUCUUGCAUAUGCUAGAAAGUCAAAAGCCAUCAAUGAGCAGACUGGAUCUGCACUUCAUGAGCUCGAAAUACCACAGUCUGUCUUUUCCAAUGCAAUCAUCCCAUAUUCUGUUGUACCAAGUUUCAAGACUUGUAAUGUUCAACGGAAAUACAAGCUGAAAAUAACUGCUGGCUUCACAGAUACAAAAUCCUCGAAAAAAAUCCAAGAGGUUGAAUUGGAAACAUGGCUAGACGUACUGGGAGGAAUACCGCCACCAAUGGCCAAUGAAACCAUACCAGCACAGGCCAACUUACCUUCAUAUGCUGAUGUUAUGGCUUCUCCUUCUUGA